UCACAAUGGCGGAGGCUGGGUGAGGAGGAGAGUGUGUGUGUGUGAAGCGGCGCCGUAAUCGUUAGACCUACACUGCCCGUAAUACGUGCACGGUGCCUGAAAAUGGCCCUGAACCCUAACGCGGUGGGGAAAAAGGACACAGAAUGUACGGGGACGGGCGAUCUCCGCACGGAGGGUGGCGGACCUCCGAAGAAUUCCGCCGCCACCUCGGCCACAGCCAACCAAAAUGGCGAUCAGCCUGGAUGUGGAGACAGUGUAAUGCCCGAACAAGAAGCCCCUGAGCGGCGAAGGUCCGUGCAAGCAGACGCCCGGAGCUUUAGCGGUUCUCCCUUACCGGGCCAGAGACCGAACGAAGAGCUGCCACGGAGAAAUUUCCAAAUCCCGAGGAAGAUAAGAGAACGGAAAGGCUUGUACCAUUUUCUGCCCCCUGACAGCAGAGAGUUUGAAGAUCUUGUGAAGAUCAUCUCCUCGUUUUACCUUGACUCUUCAUCUCGAGGAACCUUCACCUACUGCAAAGCCAGACUCAUCCACAAUGAGCUGCUGGAGAAGGAGUUUAUUGAGAAACGGAGGGAAAUGAAGCAGAAGGGGCGAACCGAACAAGAACUGGCAGAGUCCUACUGCUUCCUUUAUCCGGACAAAUCCAAGCUUCUUUGGAUCUGUGAGAAGGGUUUGUCGGUCGGACACUCUAGGAUUACUACACUAGGAAAUCCAUCAGCGGGUGUUUAUCUCUCCAAAUACUCAGAUUUACUACAAAUGAAUCCUUUUGAAGCUGGUUCAUUUGGGGACAUGAUCAUUUUCAAAGUCAUGAGGGGUCGAAUAAAGCACAUCAACGAGAACAUGCCCAAGAAUGCUAUGGAACCUACACCUAAGUUUGACUGUCAUCUGUCCAAAAGUGCCAAUAGGGUUACGUCGUUGCUGUCAUACAGGGCUUUUGAGCUCACACAGCAAUACUUUUUUGAGUUUGCUUUCAAUGAGAUCAAGGCCCGGCCUAAGCACGUGUGCCCCUAUGCUGUGGUUUCCUUCCAGUACAAAGGCAAGGAGGGUGCAACAAUUCCUAUGACUGCACACAGGUUUAACACUAUUUCCCCUGAAGUAGGAAAAGGGAAAAGCUGCUACACUGUGUGGAGUGGUCCACUAGUGAACAAAGACCAGGAGUUAUUCCCGGUCUGUUUACGAUCCUCCACACGCCCAUACCUUCCCUUUAAACUGCCUGAGAAGCUGGAGGUGAAUCGGGGCAUGCAGCUAGAGCAGGUGAAGCGAAAGAUUCCCCCUGUGCUCUUUUCUUGGGACACUUACAGUGCAUCACGGGAAGUGAUGAAAUUUGGGAUGUCCUGCAGUCUGUUUGAUGUGGUGGAUGGAAAAGGCAAACCAACCAGUGGCAGCCUGGCAGCACUGGUCAACAAACUGGAGAGGGACAGGAUGGUGCUGGUAAAGUCACUGUUUGACCGGGGCUUUCUCUUCCUGCUGUCCUCAGCUCAGAUGCAUGAUUCCAAAGAGCGGCGGGGGCGAGUUGAGAAGAACCUGCAAGCAUUAUUCAUCUUUCAGGAGUCGAGGAUGGUUGUUAAGUAUUCAUCCAGACUGUAUGAGCCAGAGCCCCUGACUGGUGAGCCCCGGCCUGCCAUCAUGUCCUCCAUGGAGCCCUUCAUCCCUGCUCUGCACUACGCCCUGUUCAAGCUGCGCCCAAAUCCAGGAAAGGACCUGAGCUUUGGAGUGGAGCGUCAAGCCACAGAUUACCUGACUCGUAUAGAUACAGGCACGGUGCGGCCUUUUAUUCUGCCUGAAUACAAACACAAUGUGGACGAUCGAAUCAACCCGCUGCCAGUGCCCAGACCCAAAUUUAACAUGGAUGCUGUACUGCGUUCUUAUGUCCACAACUUCUCAAACUAUAUUUUACCUCUCAACAAGGCAAAGGAUAUAAUUGAAAGGAUACGAAACCCUGUACCUGUGCCUGUACCUGUGCCUGUACCCGUACCUGUUCCUGUACCUGCACCUGCUACAGCCACAGUCGAGUACAGUCCUGUUUCUGACUGGGGUGGCUCAGACCGGGGCUCUGACAGGGCAGAGAGACCUCCAGAAAGGUUGGCACAGGACAGGCCACCUCCAGAGAGGCCAGUCCAGGAGAAACCACCUCCAGACAGAAGCAAGCGGAGGCCGGGGUUGGCGCAUUCGAACGGUGCCCAGGUGCAGCACAAAGCCCACACUGAGUCACAGCCUCAGGCUCAGAGGUUGCGGCUGUCUCAGAACGAGUACGAUAAAGACAAAAUGAAACAGUUACUUAAGCUGAUUCAACUCCGUAAGAAAGCACUUGUAAAGGAUCCAACGAAGGACGAGGACGGGGCCUGGGACUCUAACAGUUUGAAGAGGAAAUUUGAAGGAGAUGAGGGGGGAGGCAUGAACAAGCACCAACGCACAGAUUCACUGAGCAACGGAGAACCCAGUCGAGGAGCCCAAGUGGAUGAUAUCGGAGACGAGGGACAGAGCGACAAUCUGACAGCAGUGAUGGAGAACAUAGGCAUCUAUGACACCGACCUGAGGGCCCAUGGGCCCCACGCCGCAGCGGUCAACGAGACCCAGCGCCUUCUCAAAAUCCUGGUGGCCACUCUCAACAAAGCCAUGGCUCAAGGGUCAGUGUCAAAUGAAGGAGAGCCAUCGACAGGUUCUGGGAGGAGGGAGUCUGUCAUCCCUGACCCUGAUCACAGGAAACAAAACGAGUUGGCAUCACAGACAAACUACACAGAGGAGGACAUGGACUGUAGCCCUGGCAGUCCCUUUAGCCCCGGGUCCCCAAUAGAGCAACCUCACACCUCAGAAACCCUUAACUGGGUCGCCCCCACCAGUGAAGACAACGUGCAGCCUGUAUCUGAGCCCAAGCCGGAGCCAAAGCUGGAGCCGGAGCCAGUGCUGGAGGCUGUGACCGUGGCAGACAGCCACCCAGAACCGAAGCUGCCUGCAGUCAUGGAAACAAAAAAGGCUGCUGCACCACCCACAGUAGCCAUCACAGAGGAGCUCCCCUCCAGGCCGUCAAUUAGCCUGGACACCAUACUCAACCAGGAAGUUCACAGCCUCACUUCUGAUAUUAAAAAUAUUAUGCAGAGUCACCACAUCUGCUAUACCUCGCACCUCCCCCCACGGUUACCCCAACGCCAGCGCUGGCUGCCCAACAGCUGCUUCUCUGACUUUGUCGUCCCCUACGUCUCCCCCGUCCUCACCCACGUCUAUGUCAAAGCACUGUGUGAGAAGAUGGACAAGUUGAUCCCUGCCCCACCUGCUCCCUCCAAGGUCGCUUCCCCACCUCCCCCAGUGACACCAUCUAAUCUUACAACACCUCCCCCCGCUCUCAUCCAGACCCCAAAAACUAAAGUAGAGUCGUCUCAUAGCAGGAGUGCCACCUGUCCUCAGAGUGGUAAACUGGUCAAAGAUGCCGCACCUGCUAAGACUAAAACAGACACUGCUUUAACAGAGCAGGAAGAUAUCUAUUCUCCCUCUCACGUCACUGCAGGAUCUCCAGAGAGUAGCUCCCAAAACCGACAUCCUGGCUCUAGCAGUGGUUCUGGUCUGCUGGCUGGCAGCCUCAUCGGUCAGUUAAAACCUGAAGUUUUCAGCAGCUUGGUGGAAAUAUUUAAGGAUGUAACAAAGAAUACGGUAAAAUUCUACAUCUACUCUGGAGACGAGACAGAGGAGAGCACCGUCUGCAAGGAGAUCAAGGAGUACUUGAUAAGCCUGGGCAACAGCGAAUGCAGCCCACAGACUUUCCUCGAAAACAGCGGCAGUUUAGAUAAGCUUCUCAUCAUCAUUCAGAAUGAGGACAUCGCCGCUCACGUGCACAAGAUCCCAGCACUGGUGUCUUUGAAGAAGCUGCCUUCAGUUAGUUUUGCUGGAGUGGACAGUCUGGACGAUGUCAAGAACCACACUUAUAAUGAACUGUUUGUGUCUGGCGGAUUCAUGGUGUCUGAUGAAUUUGUCCUCAAUCCUGACCACAUAACACAGGAUCGUUUGCAGGGGCUGCUGAAGUUCUUGGAGGAGCAGAGCACCCCAGAACACCCCUGGCAGUGGAAGGUGCAUUGCAAGUCCCAGAAGAAACUUAAAGAGCUGGGCAGGUUGAACACCAACGCCAUGGGGCUGCUGAACCUCCUGACACUCUAUCAGAAGAAGCACCUGGUGGAAUUCCUUCCUUAUCACGAAUGCGACACUCAGUCGCGUCAGGCUCCAGAUCUAGAAUGCCUCAUCAAGCUCCAAGCUCAGCACACCCAGCAGCGGCAUCUUAUAUUCCUCACAGAGAGGCCAUUUGAGAUGUUUCUACAGUACUCCAGGAAUGGAAUAGUGAUAGCAAGCAUCGAUGAUGUUCUGAGCGGUUUCCACAGUCUGAUCGGCUCGAUCAAUCAGAAUGAGCUACCGACGCCACCUUCUACUGUAGUGAAUGAAGAGUGUGUGGAAGAGGACAUGUCAUUAGAUUCUGAUGAUGGUGAACCACCCACCAUAUCAGAUCCCUUAGAGAAGAGGCAGGAAGGUGAGAAGCCUCCACUGCCUCCCCCACCAGACAUGGAGGAGUUUCGUCCUCCGCUUCCAGAGCAACAGGCCACUCCUGAGCGAACGCCAACACUGUCUGAAUACAGCGCUCUCAAAACAGCCAUUUCCCAGUUUAAAGCAGCCAACCAGAUCGGUGUGGGUUCGGAUGUUGGCGGCUUGUCACCUGGAGGUUUCCCUGUAAAUCCUCAUCAGAGCUUCCUCUGUCCCUCAGCUUCGUGGUCAUCCUACACUGGCUCUUCUAGCUACGCAGCAUCCCCAGCCUAUCCUGCUUCACCCUGCAGCAGCACUCAAGAAACUGAAUAUCGCCCUGCAGUUACAGCUCCUACCACAGUACCACCCCCCACCCCACCUGUGAUCGCCACAGCAGGACCUCUAGCCAACUUGGCAACACUCCCUUUGGAGGUCAAACCUCCUCCUCCACCUCACCUCAUGAUGCUGGGUCACACAUAUGGCUCAGACACUGGAGGAGCUGGGGCUGCUGGGACAUCUCCGCUCACCACCUCUGUUCCCUUCUCAGACCAUAGUGACACAGCCCAACCAGGUUACCCUGCAGGCAUUCCUAAAAAUGCAAGUGGGACUCCCACACAACAAGCAGAGAGGACACUCUGUGGGCCUGGGGAGGGUGCAUGGGGGACAGUAAGGACCAGCACUUGUGAGACUGCCAACAGCCAGGGUGUGGUUGCAUCUGGCCCCAUGGACCCCAGUGGGGACAUCCUGGGAAGUAACACCCCUGGUAGUCAGGGGGUCAGGACUCAUUUGAACUGCGCUGACAAACUUGGAGCUUCUGUGGGUAUUCCCACGGCGGCCACCAGAGGGGGCCCUGCAGUUAGACCUAAGAUGCCUCCACCACAUCCAAUGUGCGGCGGGGGCUACAGUAGUAUAGGUGGCAUCCCUGGACAGAUGGACCAUGGGCCUUUGCGGGGUGCAAUGGGCCCAGGUCCUUUAGGGGGUUUUCGAGGGAGAGGAGCUCCACCUGUUGGACUUUGGCCCCGUCCAGGACGAGGGCAUGAGCGAGGCGGUGGGACUGGAGGUCCACCCUGCCUAUGGGGUUUCCCAGCUGGCAGGGGGGGUGCACAGAAUUACUACUCGGACUACACUUACUCUCACAAUUAUGCUCCUGAAUAGACAAUCAAACAAGGUCAAAGGGGCAACAUGAACGCUAUACUCCAGAGACUGUUAGUGUUGGAUGAAUGUAUAUAUUUCCUUGUCAUAAAAAUAAUUGAUUUAAAUCCGCAAAUAAGGUUCCUGGUUUUCUACAUUAAUAAAAAUUGAUACAGGCAGUGCCGAGUGUCCUACUGUCGUGUAAACUGUAUGUACACUCUUUCCAUGUGAGCUAUUUGAGACCUUGUUCAAACCACUAUAUUUAUAUUUGCCAACAAAUGUUAAUGGCCUUCCGGCUUCAUGGAACUUAUCAUGUUUGUUUCUGUUUGUCCCGGUAAUGAAACGGUUUGUGAACAACGGGAAAGGCUGAUAUUUUUUUAAGGAAAAAAAAAUAGUGAAUGAAAAUUCACUUUUGCUGUUGGUUUUCUUUUUUUAUUUGACAUCUUUGGUUGUCCUAAAUUCUAUUAAAAUAAACAUUUCAAAUUUUGUGUGUGUGCGUGAUGGGUUUGAUGACAGUGUCGAGCAAACCAUUAAAAAUGUAAAUCACA